GCCCUCCGGUUAUCUCCGCAGGUUUGCAGUGACCGGACCAAACUGGGUCGGGUCCCAGCGUUGCCCAGGUUACGGCGAGUUCCGGUUCCGGGGCGCCCAGCGCACGUUGCUGGAGAUGCGGCCGCUGACGGAGGAGGAGACGCGGCUCCUGUUCGAGAAACUGGCGAAAUACAUUGGAGAGAAUAUUAAGCUACUGGUGGAUCGACCUGAUGGAAUCUAUUGCUUCCGCUUGCACAACAGUCGUGUUUAUUAUGUAAGUGAGAAAAUCCUGAAACUGGCAACAAAUAUUUCUCGAGAUAAACUUGUUUCACUUGGAAGCUGCUUUGGGAAAUUCACCAAAACUUUAAAGUUCCGUCUUCAUAUUACAGCACUUGACUAUCUUGCUCCUUAUGCCAAGUACAAAGUGUGGGUGAAACCUGGCGCAGAACAAUCUUUCCUGUAUGGAAACCAUAUAUUGAAAUCCGGUUUGGGUCGAAUUACAGAAAAUACAGCCCAAUACCAAGGUGUAGUGGUAUACUCCAUGGCUGAUGUUCCAUUGGGUUUUGGAGUUGCUGCAAAAUCGACUCAGGAAUGUCGGAAAAUAGACCCAAUGGCAAUUGUUGUGUUUCAUCAGGCUGAUAUUGGCGAAUAUAUUCGACAUGAAGAUACUCUGACAUAAUUCAGUAAAAAGACUAUUAAGCUAAGAUUAUGAACAGGCCUUCGUCUUUCUUCUAAUGUUUGCUGAAGAAAAUGCAUGGGCACCUACUGAUUAAGACAUGGAUUGUGUUCACAAACUUUCAUCUGAGCAAAUAACAACUUGCAAGCAUAUCGCUAUUAAAUGUUAUAUUUUGUAAGUCUAGCAAGUUGUUAUUCAGAACUGUUUAAAGGUUGUAAAGAGGCACACUUAUUACUGAUAAUUAAAAUUUUUGGCUUUUUUUUGGUUUUAAAUUGUUCUAAUGUCAGGUCAUAGGAUAAUGUGACAAAGUUUUGACGCAUGCACUCUGAAAUCAUCUUUCAUAUAAUGUUGGUUUGAAUUGUCAUCCAUUGUCAGUUGGAAAGCAUUGGAGACCCAUUUUGAUCACGUAUUUCAAGGGUUGUUUUUCUCAUCCUGUUGUGAUCAGAAUUUAAAAUACUGCUUUUAGAUCUUUUAUUGAUUUUUUUUAGAUCUUUUGUUGCUUUUACAAUAGUAACGACCAGCUGGAGCUUGACAGAUGGCAGAAAAUCCUAGAUUUCUAUCUCCAUUGAGCCUCACUGAGCAACAAAAUAUGAAAUGUUAUUGACAGUGCACUGUUUUGUACUGACCUUUUCCCAUUUUAUUUUAUUUGGAACUAAUUGGUAAUUGUGAAACUACCCAAGUAUUGCUGUCCUUGUCUGGUUUGCCUUGUGCCUCAGCUUGAGGACAAUUCAGGAUGCACAAUAAAUGCCAGCAUUGCCACUGACAUCUGCAUCCUGAAAACAAAUAAAAGGAUUAAAUAAA